AUGCUGUUCCCCACAGAGGAGGAGUACAUUGACUGGUUCACAAAGGCCGGUGAGAUCACCGGUGAUGGCAGCAGCAGCAGCGGCGGUUUUGACGACGUGAAGAUCAAGCGCAUCGGGCCCAGCUGGUACCGCGGCGUGCGUCGUCACGGCCUCAUCAUGGGCUGCUCAGUCACCGGCGUAAAGCGCGAGGCCGGCGAGUCCCCCCUGCAGCUGGGCCCUCCCAAGGAGGUCUCCAGCCCCACCCCCCAGAACCCCAUCGUCUUCCUGCUGCGCAUGCUGCUGGGGGUGGCGGCCGGCUUCUACUACUUUGUGCUGCCAGUCUACAUGUACCUCAAGCCUGCGCAAGCAAUGCCUGAUCCACCCCGUCUCGCGCCCAUCCCUCUGCCCGCCCAUGUGCCUGACGCCCUGGAUCCCUCGCAGCACCUCGUCUGGCCGAAGUCCUGGAAGAUGUGA